GCCAUUUCUACACCCGGCGAGGAGGACUUUCUCUGAGGUAUCAACUGAUGUGAAGCCGCAGGCGCAGGCGAAGCCAGCGAAGCCAAAGUCUUCGCUUGGCUCACGCCUCCGGAGUUUCAUGGCAGGCUUUACAGUCGCAGGGACGUUGUCAGGAUAUGCCCUCUACUACAAGGUGCAGUGGGCAAAUGAAGAGCUCGCAGCGAUGGUCAGAGAGACGGCUGCGCGGCAGGCCCAGAUCGAGAGGCGCCUCAGUCAGUUGGAUGGCCGAUGA